AUGACGGCUACAGAAACCAUUGUUGGUGAUGAUGCCAAUACAUAUUCGGUCCCUGUGGCUGCAAAUCAAGUAUACGACAAGGGCAUCAUUUCGAAUCCCCUCAUAGCCAAAGACCUCCCCGCUGAAGUACUCAAGAAAAGCACAAACAUCGUCUUCACCGGCUCCGACAGUCCGUCUCUUCCCGUCAACUGGAGACUUGCAGAGGCUAUAUCAUCUUUAAAGGCACUCGAAGCAGCGUUGGUGGACGUGAUUCUCCAGCGUCGUUAUGGCCUUGAGCCUCACCGUGUCACCAUCAACACCGACCAUGCCAGUCUCUUCAUCUUUUCUACUCUCCUCUGGACUAUUGAUCCUUCGGGGGAGAAUAUCAGCCCCAACAACCUCCGCCAGGCAAACGCGAACCUGUUCAAAUACUUUCCUAGCUGUGACAAGCAUCGCAUGAAUGCUUCUACUCACCGCAACCUGGCAACCAACAUCUACAAGUGCGCCGACGGUCGUUUCUUCCAAGCCCACGGGUCGCUGAAUCCUACACCGGUGCUCCUCAAUGUUGGUCUGAAAGCCGAAGCCGAUGAGGAUACAAAUGUUUAUGAGGAUGCCGUAAAGCCGUUUAAUGAAGCGUUUGGCAAGAUUGACAGCCAGACCCUGCAGCAAAUCACGGAUGAGACGCGUCAAGCUGGUACCAUCUGCUACACUGUGGAUGAGUUCCUGAACUCAAAGCACGGCAAGGCCAAUGCGCAUGUUGGGCUUUGGGAAAUUCGUGAGACUGCGAACAAGCUGCAAGAGCCUUGCUGGUGGGAAACGCCCGAGUCUCAAUCUGGUGUUUCUAGGCCACUCGCCGGCAUCAAAGUCGUUGAUCUUACAAGAAUCAUCGCUGGGCCCAGUAUUACCAGAUCCCUAGCGGAACUAGGAGCCAGCGUAAUGCGCUGCACAGCACCCCAUUUGCCAGAUGUCGUAUCUCUUCAAGCUGAUCUCAGCUGGGGGAAAUGGAACUGCAGCAUCGAUCUCCGAGAGGAGAGUGGUCGACAGAAGCUCAAGCAGCUCAUCCAGGAGGCCGAUGUCGUCGUCCAGGGCUACCGACCCGGUGCUCUCGACAAAUACGGCUUUGGUGAAGAGGGCAUCAUUAAAAUGUGUGAGAACCGAGCCAAGGGAAUCAUUCAUGUGCGAGAAAACUCAUACGGCUGGCAUGGCUCAUGGAAGGACCGAAGCGGAUGGCAGCAAGUUGCUGACGCUAAUACCGGCCUUAGUUAUUCUUUUGGCCAAGCUAUGGGAAAUGAUGAACCCGUCACGCCCAUCUUCCCUCACAGCGAUUAUUGCAGCGGCGUUGCUGGUUCUUGCGCAGUCCUCAUCGCCCUGCUGCGUCGUGCUGAGCGAGGCGGAUCUUACUGCAUCGAUCUCUCCCUCAAUUACUACAGCACAUGGCUUAUCCGUUCAGUGGGCACGUAUCCCACUCAAGUCUUUGACAAGGUGUGGGCUGAGCACGGCAGGCCAGUCUACCGCUACUGGCACAACAACGGCAUCUCGGCGCCAGAAACGGUCAAGAGGCUCAAAACUGGACCGGCAAGUAAGAGGAUAUUGCGCCCGGAGUUCUUCGAGGACCGACGCUCACCGAGUGUGCUUGGAGACAAGGUGUUUCGUGCGGUGAAGGGAGUUGCUGAUUGGGGCGGCGUGGUUGACUUGCGAUACAAUGUUGGAACUCGUGGAAAUGGGACGGAUGCAGCUAGAUGGCCAGAAGACUUGAUGCAAGAAGUGGUUGCGGAGUGA